GGGAAUUAACUACUAGGUUUUACUUGGGACAACUUUGGAUAUUUUUCACAAACGUUUUAAUUUCUUUCUUUCUGAGAAUAAGACUAGUUAUUGGCCAUGGCAGAGAGGAAACUUCUCCCAAGAGAUAGUGACGAUGAAGGGUCGUUGCUGUCUAGACUGGGGACAGACAGCCCGAAACCCAGGGUAAAAUUCGGCGGCAUGUUCUGCAACGUGGAAGGCGCUUAUGAGAAUAAAACUUUAAAUUUUGAGUCGUACAACAGCAGCCCCCAGUCUGUGAGGCGGCAUGUUAAGAUUAAGAACGAGGAGAAAUGCUGGUCGGAUACUUUCAGUGACACCGGGAGUGUGAGUAACUUCUCGUCGGUCAGUGAGACCAGACCAAGUGGAGACAGAGCAGUUUGGACCGAAACCGGCUCCUCCCGGGGUCAAAUCGUUUACCAGACUGGACCUGGACACAGCCGUGAGCACAAUGGAAAACGGGAGACUGAUCGCCUCAUUAUCAAAGGAGGAAAGAUCGUUAAUGACGACCAGUCUUUCUACGCAGACGUCUAUGUGGAGGAUGGCACCAUCAAGCAGAUUGGUGAGAACCUUUUAGUUCCAGGAGGGGUGAAGACGGUUGAUGCCUACGGACACAUCGUGAUCCCCGGUGGCAUCGAUGUGAACACCAGCCUCCAGACCUCCCAGCUGGGAAUGAGCCCUUCAGAUGACUUCUACCACGGGACCAAGGCUGCCCUGGCAGGGGGCACCACCAUGAUCAUUGACCAUGUGGUCCCUGAGCCUGGUGCCAGCCUCCUGGGGGCCUACGACCAGUGGAAGGACAUAGCAGACAGGGGGUCUUGCUGUGAUUACUCCCUCCACAUGGACAUCACCCGCUGGCACGACGGACUCUUUGAGGAGAUGGAGAGUCUAGUGAAGGAUAAAGGAGUCAAUUCCUUCUUGAUCUUCAUGGCUUACAAGGACAAAUUCCAGAGCUCAGAUAGUCAG